GUGGCCGCCUGUAUCCCAGACUGAGCACACACACACACCAAUCCAUGGAAGAAAAAGUGCAAGAGCCGAAAGAGGUGCCUACUCCUACUUCUGAUAGUGUAUCUGUAACGAUGACUUCAGAUGCUCUUGAACAUGAGACGUUAGAGAAUGUGGUUUUGAAUGAAGAGGAAACUCCAGAGAUGGCAGAAAACAUGUUUCCAUGGAAAGACAAUUUCUUUGAUAAAAUUGAGGCAAGAUCCAGGGCCAUGCAGGAUAACGUCAUCAAUAAGUUUCUCCUACAAAAGGAACAUGAGAAAAAGAUGGAUAAAAAGUUCCCUUUGGAUAAUUUGGCCUAUGAGUGGUUAAACGAUGACAAAAUGACAUUGGAUACUCAGGCAUAUUUGCUUGAGAAGCUCUUGCCCACCCUAAUGCCAGGAGUUGAAAAAAUGUUAAUGGAGGUAGAAAAGAGGAAGCUUUUGGAGUCAAAAAGGAGGAAAAAAUUCGACCCGAUUAAUUAUCUGGGGGAAUACUUGAUGAGAAACAAUCCCAAUUACCGAAAAGACUUGCCAGAAUCUGGUUAUCUGAAAGCAAUGAAAAAUGUCACAAAGGAUAUGAAAACCCAAAUUCCUGACACUCCUUUCAACAGAGUAUUCAAGAUGAAGACAGAAGUAAAAAAAAAACAAGAACAAAGAGAAAAUAUUGAAAAAAUCAAGUCUCAUGUGGGUAAGAUGCGGAAGGAAGCUCUGGCGAUGCAGUUCAAAGAAUGGCUUCUGGAUGCUAAUGGAAAGCUUCCACUUCCUGUGAUUCAGAAUGCUGUCCGAGCGUUUCUGGACACUGCGCCGGGACGGAAAACUGAGUCACUUUACCAGCCAUUGGAAUUUGUAGGAACAAUGAAAGAUAGGAGAGAUGAAGAAGGUUUUAUAGAGGAGAUCUUUCCAUGCAUCAAGGACUUAACCAGUGAAAUGUUUACAGACUUCCUGAAGCACCUUUGCCAGUGUGCAGAUGACUUCUGGGAAAUAGUGAAACAUGACAGAUGGAGGCAGAAGUUUUUAAACCUCUUCUUGUCCUGUGAUGUUGGAAAGAUGGGGUUCCUGGACCGAGAGAGGACAUUGACAUUGAUGGAAAAUUUCUAUGACAAAAGCCCGAAGAUGGUUAAAAAGCUAUUCCGUAACCCAAGAUAUUGGCCAUUCAUUGAAUUUGGAAAUGUAGAACCAGCUGAGUUCUGGGGAGACUUGGAUGAUGAGAGGAGAUCUUUGGAGGCAUUGGAGCUUAUAUUUGAAGGAGAGCUGAGGAAACCACUUUUUGCCAUUGAGAAAGAAUUGCCCCAGGAUGACAUGGAAGAAGCUGAAGAGGAGGAAUCUGGACAGAAAAUUAUUAGCUGGUCUACUACUGCUAUGACCUAUGGAGAUGAGUCAGAGCCACAAGAAACUGUGAAUGAUGAGGAAGAAGUGGUUCCUGAAAAGAUGAGGUCCUCAGAACACAUGCUGGAUGAUGUGGGUUCCACAGAGGAGUUGCCUCCAAAAUUACAGACUGAUAAAAGACUAAGUCAACAAGCAGAGCAGGGAGAACCAUACACAGAAGAGGGAGAACCAGCCAAAGAGCAGGGAGAACCAUACACAGAAGAGGGAGAACCAACAAAAGAGCAGGAAGAACCACCUAAAGAGCAGGGAGAACCAGUCAAAGAGCAGGGAGAACCACCCAAAGAGCAGGGAGAACCACCUAAAGAGCAGGGAGAACCACCUAAAGAGCAGGGAGAACCACCCAAAGAGCAGGGAGAACCACCCAAAGAGCAGGGAGAACCACCCAAAGAUCAGGGAGAACCACUCAAAGAGCAGGGAGAACCAUUUAAAGAGCAGGGAGAACCAGCCAAAGAGCAGGGAGAACCAGCCAAAGAGCAGGAAGAACCAGCCAAAGAGGAGGGAAGACCUGUAGAACCAAGUUCAUCCCAGGGUUCAGUAGGAAAGCGGAAAAGCUCAAUAGAAGAAAAGAGGGGCUCCACAACUGAAGUAAGAGAACCCUCAGAGGGUCCAUCAAAGGAGAGUGGAUCAGAAACAGAACAGGAAAGUUCAUCCACAAGACUACAAGAGCCUGGAGAAGAGCAAGAACCUUCCAAGAUGUCACAAGAACCGUCAGUGUCUUCAGUAGAGCAGGGACAAGCACCCACAGAGAAAAAAGCAUCAACAGAGGGGAAAGAAGCCAGUUCCCUACAAGAAAGUGCCAUACUCCAACAGGAAAGCAGCCAAAAUCUCUUGACAGAUUCUUCAGAGAAACAGGAAGUUGAAGUGCAGCCCAAGGAGUCUAAAUCAACCUCAGAAGAAACUAUCAUAGAAACUAGAGACAGAGUCACAGGCUGUGAGCCCAGGAGCCAGCUAGUAGAAGGGAAGCCAUGGUCAGGCGAGCUCUUAACUUCUGACAUGAGUAAGAAGUAUAUGAAAUAUGGAGAAAACAAACAGGCUUAUUUAGUCUCCGAAGACCCCAGAUUCUCAGAGCUGCGUCCAAUAAUCCUCAAAAUUAAGACCCAGCAAAAGGCAAAGAUAAGGAGUUUGUUCACAGAGAACUACCUCAAAGUGCCACAGUUUGUCCAGCUCCUGGAGACGUUUGUGGGGGAUGGCGUCCCCACUGGUGUUAUUAAGAAAUUCAUCAACUUCUUUAAGAAGAAUUAUGUGGAGACACAUGAAGAGAAAAUCGAUCAGUUGGAGAAGAUUCAUCAAGAGACCAUGGAAAUGCGAAGGAAGAUACUCUUGGAAGCUCUUUUUCAGAAAUGGGAUAACGAAGGCUCUGGCUUCUUGGACCUGAAUGAGAUCGACAAACUUCUGUUUACCUACAAGGAAGGCAUGGAGAAAGUAUCGAUGAUGAAAGCAAAACUGCACAUAAAGCUACCAAAGCCCCACCCUGGCAAUGAAGUGAGGUUAACUCUGCCUGAGUUUGGAAACUACAUUGAGCUGGUUGUGGCCGAGCUUACUGGGAAUGAAAAUGAAGUCUUUGACAACGUGGUGGAAUUUCUGAUGAUGAGCUUGAGGCGGACGCACACAGAGCAGCUCAGGAACAUGGCGCGGCGAAAGUGGCUGCAGCAGAUCCAGCGGGCUGCUGAAACCAGCGGGGUUUGCCUAGAGCCGGUGUACACGGCCGUCUUCAAGGCGCUAUCCCAGGACGCAGAAGCACAUGGCAACAACAAGAAAAUCAGUGCCCACAUUGCCCUCCUGGAAGAGAACAAAAUAAUGCCCAAGAGAGGAAAGGUCCUCCUGAGGAAUGUGGCCUGCACUGUAGAAGAUGUUCCAUUUGUCCUGAAGCAGGUGCUUUACCGGGACAUGAAAGGAAUUAGUUUUUCAGUGGUGGAUAAGGGACAGCCAAUCCAUGUCCCACAAGUUGAGAAGCAUGGAAAUAUCCACUUCUGGAACACUUCCCGUCAACAAAAGGAUCAGAAAGGGUCGUUUCUGGCUCUCCCUCUUGAGGAUGCUUAUAAGAGAAGCUUUGGGAUCUUGGGAGUAGACACCCUACGGGAUAGUUCCAGGAAAAACAUCUUCCUAACUCAUGAGAUCAGCUUCUAUCAGGGUGUGGCCAAUGCAUUUAGUAUCGCCUACCACUAUAUCCACAGCCGGGAACACAUCUUGCAUGUGAUAGCAACUGCUGCUGGCUGGCUCCGAAUUGUAGCACCUGGUAUCAGGAAUAUCACCACAUUCCUCGUGGAUCCUGGACAAGACCAGGAUUCUGAUUAUGUUCUACGAAAAAUUAUGUACUUGGACAAUAAAAGACGCAUGGAGAUCUUCUCCUCUCCUGCCAUCCUCCACAGGAGGGAGAAUCUGUUCAGAGACUCAAUCUUCAGAAGCACAGACACCUCUCAGGUUAUUUUCACCUAUGCCCUCGGGACCUAUCACAUAGUUGUUCCGCUUCGAGACAGAAAGGGCCAGGCACUGGGGUCGCUUGAUUUUACCACGGCACAGCGCAAGACAUUGCCAGUUCAGGAGUAUAAAGAUCUACAAAAAAUGCUGAAGAUAGUCCAAGCAGCCUGCAACGAAAUAAUGGGCGAAUGCUCAGGAGAAAUCAAGCAAAAACAUGUCCUAGAGAUUGAGUACAAAGGAGAAGUGCAGAAGGCAGGAAUCCUCUUCUUCCGCAUCAUGCUGAAAGAGGUGCAGGGGAGGAUCCGGGAACUUGACCCUCAGGCCUUCAAAGACCUGAAGCAUUAUUAUGAUCAGUUUUUGUCCAUGACAUCCGGCUCCUCAUCCAGUGAAAAGGUUCAUCACAGGCCUUCUACCUUGGUCCAUGACAUCAUAAAAGCAAUAGUGUUGCUCAUUCAUCCGGAAUGGGAGAAUACGGAGACGGUUGAGGUCUGGGAUCAGUGUAAAGAGCACAUUACCAAUGAAUUGAUUGAAAAGCUUUGCACCUUUGAUCCCACGGCAGAAAACGUCAAAAUUGAUCCUGAUCUCAUUUCUAAAUAUAUCAAAGGGCAUUCCCGAAAGAUCGUGUGGGUCCAGGGAUCCGUUGCCAUCGAGUACCUGUACCACUGGGCACUUACCUGUCUGUGUCUGAUCGAGCUGAAAGACAAACUGAAGAGCAAAUAUGCUCCCCCUCUGCCCCCAGGAGAGAUGUUCCAACAUAGACUGCAGGUCAAAUUUUAAUAGACCAACCCUGAUGGGGACGGUAGAAUAGUUAAGGCUCUUUUUUUUCUACGUUCAGCUUUCUUUGUUAGCUGUUAAGAUAUUUUCAUUUAGAAAGAAGCGCUUCUAGACAAAUGCUUUAAGGGUCAUUUUUAAACCACAUCAGAGGAAAGCCUUGGCCCUAGAAAGAUCAAAGUUAUAAAUCUCAGAAGUCUGGCCUUUCUAACUCCUAGAGGGUAUCAGCAUUGCUGGUUGGGUGGUGUUUCAUUUUCUCCUUGGGAAUGUCGGCUGAAAGGGAAAUAGAAGGCUCAGGGUUGUGAAAAGACUCUAAAACAAAAUAAUAUAUUCCCUGUUAGAAGAACCAGAGUGGGGCUCACUUUUCAUUCGGAUUGCCUUCUAGUCUUUCUGACUCGUGGCCCCUUAGCCACUGAAAAAUCAUUUUAACCAGAAAGCCUUAUGCAAAGAGCAUCUUUGUCCCAUACUCACGGGGAAAAGCCAACACCUUUGUUGCAGAAGGCCCUGCCAAGCUCAAGAAUGGCAGAAAGACUUUUACUUGU